AUGGGGCGCUUCCGCGGGGGCCUGCGGUGCAUCAAGUACCUGCUGCUCGGCUUCAACCUGCUCUUCUGGUUGGCAGGGUCUGCUGUCAUUGGUUUUGGACUAUGGUUUCGGUUUGGAGGCACCAUCAAGGAUUUCUCAUCGGAAGACAAGUCCCCAGAGUAUUUCUACAUGGGGCUGUAUGUGCUGGUUGGAGCAGGGGCCCUGAUGAUGGCUGUGGGCUUCUUCGGGUGCUGCGGAGCCAUGCGGGAGUCGCAGUGUGUGCUCGGAUCUUUCUUCACCUGCCUACUGGUGAUAUUUGCUGCUGAAGUAACCACUGGAGUAUUUGCUUUUAUAGGCAAGGAUGUAGCUAUACGACAUGUUCAGACCAUGUAUGAAGAGGCUUAUAAUGAUUACCUGAGAGACAGGGAAAGGGGGAACGGGACUCUCAUUACCUUCCACUCAACAUUUCAGUGCUGUGGAAAAGAAAGCUCUGAACAGGUCCAACCCACAUGCCCAAAGGAGCUUCUAGGGCCCAAGAAUUGCAUUGAUGAAAUUGAGGCCAUAAUCAGUGUUAAGCUCCAGCUCAUCGGAAUUGUUGGUAUUGGGAUUGCAGGUCUUACGAUCUUUGGCAUGAUAUUCAGCAUGGUUCUUUGCUGCGCAAUACGAACCUCACGAGAUAUGAUAUGAAGCUACUUCUACAUGAAAAUUGCAAUCUAGAGCCUUCAUACGGCUGUCACCAGAACUGUCUCCUGGCUCAUUUUUAAUAUUCAAAGGACAUUAGGAUCUAAAAUAAUAUGCUGUUAAUUGUACAU